AUGACGUCGGAUCGCUACCUCGGGAUGGUGGACUUCGUGUCCUUCGAGGCGGGGCUCACGAAGCCGUUGCAGAAUCUGCAGUAUGCCCGGGUUUUGGAACAGAGUUCACGUCCAGAUGAAAGUGACGUUUACUGCGGCAUCUCCAGAGGUGGUCUCAACAGCAACGGCACACCCUUCCCUGAGCGUUUUCAGACCAGCUUUGAUGUGCUUCGCGAGGCAGCUGAAGAGCGUCCCGAUUUCGAUCACCUCGGUGUUCGUGAGAAGAUUGUCAAUGAAAAGGGUGAGGUGACCUUCGGUGCGUACAAGUGGACUUCCCUGAGCUACAGCGUGACCACGGCGAUGAUCAUCGGAACCGCUUUGCUGAACGAGCCCGGACUCAUUGUUGAAACGGUGGUGAAGGACAAAAUCUUGAAUAGGGGCGACGAAGCGCUCCUGAAGAUUUUCGAGGAGACGGCCUUGGAAACAAUUUGUAUUGAUCCGCCCAAAUUGGCGACAAUACAGAGAUUACGGGAUAAGAUACCGAGUUUGAAGAGGGUGAUCCUGUUCGAAAAAUUGAACGCCGACGAAGAACGCCUCGCCAAGUCCCUCCGCCUUAAGACAUUCCUGAUGGAUGACCUUGUCGACAAAUACAGGGAGACCAUAAUGCCCCUUCCGAAGCGCAAGAGUACCCAUGUGGCCACCAUUAUUUACACGUCCGGCACGAGUGGCAUUCCUAAAGGCGCCAUUCACACAAACCGGUCGCUCACCGCUCUGCCGCACCGUAUCUUCUCCAGCAGCAACCGCCUGCGCAUCCUCCACGGAUACACCAUGCUCAGCUAUUUGCCUCUGUCUCACGUUUACCAACGUUUCGUUGAGCACUACACUCCCACCAACCGGGGCCGUAUUGGUUACUACUCGGGCAAUAUUCGCAACGUGCAGGACGACAUGAAGGCGCUGAAGCCUGAUGUGUUCAUCGGUGUGCCGCGUGUGUUCAACAAGAUGCUCGAUCGUAUUAAGAGCAACAUUGAGGCGAAACCGACCUGGCAGAAGAGGUUGAUUAACUGGAUGGUGGGCAAGAAGAAGGAGAAAAUGAUCAAGAAUCCCGAGAAGCCAGAUCAUUUUAUUUAUGACGUGGUGAUCAACAAGAUAAGGGAGGAGUUCGGAGGCAAAUUACACAUCAUGGUACUGGGUUCAGCUGCGAUGUGUGACGAAGACAUUAAAGAGCUGCAGGGCUACCUCUCCUGCCCUAUUUCCGAAGGUUGGGGCACAACGGAGGUGGGUGUUUGUUUCAUCCAGGACUUCCGUGACCCGGUUAAGGGAACCAUCGGAGGACCCAUUGGUGACGUGCUGUUCAAGCUGAAGUCCAUCCCGAGCAUGGAGUACAAUGCGCGGGCUAACCCGCCCCGUGGCGAGCUGUUGGUCAAGGGCAGCGGCUUCAUGUUGGGCUACUUGAAGAGACCCGAGGAAACUGCCGAGGCGUUGGACGAAGACGGUUGGUACCACACGGGUGAUGUGGUGGAGUUGCUGCCAUCCAAGGGUCUUAAGAUCCUGGACCGUGCGCGCAACUUCUUCAAGCUUAGCCAGGGUGAAUACAUCACUCCCGACAGACUGGAGGCUCUGUACGGCACCUCUCCGUACGUGGACCAGGUCUUCAUCUAUGGAGAGUCCAUUCGUGACCACAUUGUGGGUAUUGUAGUGGUGAAUGUGGACGCCGUAAGGGCGUGGGCUGUGAAAAACGGCAAACCCGAAGAGGUCAUGACCACGCUUCUCAAAGACCAAGCCCUCAUAGAGGAGAUUCGCCAAUCUUUCGCGAAGAUUGCAGAAACCCAGAAGCUUAACGGCCUCGAGAAAUUAACGAAGUUCAUGCUAACCGACCAACCCUUCACCGUCGAAAACGAGAUGUUGACCCCUACAUUCAAGACUGUCCGCAAGAAGUUGUUUUCUUGCGUAGAGGCACGCCGCGAGCGCUUUGAGGCCGCCGAAGCCCUCGUCCGUGAGUACCAGGCUGCACAUGAGCCGGUGCAGCAGCGGGCGGCACUCCUCGCGCAGCGAUAUCUCCACGAUAUGCUGGUAGGCGUCGCCGCCGGCUUCGGCGUAGGCGAUAAGGUAGAGCAGCGUCGCGACACGCUGCUUUUGCGGGUGCUCCAGCAGCUCGUGGAACUCCCGCCAGAGCUGUAG